AUGGGUGAUGCCAGACAACUUCCGGCGGACGGGAUUUCGCAGUACACGAGGGAUAAGGCAAGCCGCACCCGGAUUGCCAUCGAAUCCUUCUACGCCCAAUGCGUCACCCAGUCGGUGGAGCGUGAGAAGCGAGCGCAAAAGUUGGAAGAAGAUAUGACACUAAAAGGCCUCACCGAGGAACAAAAAGAGGAGCAGCGAAAAGUUCAGCGCGCCAAGGAAAGCGACUUCUUGAGGCUUAAGAGAACCCGACUCCAAGUCACCGAUUUUGACUCGUUGAAAGUGAUUGGAAGGGGAGCUUUUGGAGAGGUUCGUCUCGUCCAAAAAGUCGACACUGGCCAUAUCUACGCCAUGAAGAUUUUAAGGAAAUCAGAAAUGUUGGAAAAGGAGCAGACAGCCCACGUCCGCGCUGAACGUGACAUCCUCUCAGAGGCGGACUGCGAAUGGGUGGUGAAAAUGUACUACUCGUUCCAAGAUUACGCAAACUUGUAUUUGGUUAUGGAAUUUUUGCCGGGAGGAGACAUGAUGACACUCCUCAUCAAAAAGGACACCCUCCCGGAAGAGGCCACCCAGUUUUACAUCGCCGAAGCCGCACUAGCCAUCCAAUUCAUCCACAACCUCGGGUUCAUCCACCGCGAUAUUAAGCCGGACAACUUAUUGUUAGACGCUAGGGGCCACGUCAAGCUCUCCGAUUUCGGGCUCUGCACCGGUUUGAAGAAGAUUCACAGGACUGAGCAUUACAGAAAUUGGCCAAGCCAAUUGCCAGCUGACUUCGUCCAAAAACCCUUCGAAUCCAAAAGAAAAGCCGAAACAUGGAAGAAGAAUCGACGAGCUUUUGCCUAUUCCACUGUGGGAACCCCGGAUUACAUCGCCCCGGAAGUCUUCCAACCCAACGGCUACACGAAAAGCUGCGACUGGUGGAGCCUGGGGGUUAUUAUGUACGAAAUGUUGAUAGGUUACCCCCCGUUUUGCUCGGAGACGCCGCAGGAAACGUAUCGAAAAGUGGUGAACUGGCAGCAGACGUUGGUAUUCCCGCCGGAAAUGCCGAUUUCAGUAGAAGCCCGAGCGACAAUCAAACGCUUCUGCUCCGAGUCCGAGCGCCGCAUGGGGCACAACAACGGCAUCGAGGAGAUCAAGGCUUGCCCGUUUUUCAAGAGGAUUGAUUGGCUCCAUAUUAGAGAAAAACCAGCCCCCGUUCGGGUGGAGGUGAAAUCGAUAGACGAUACCUCAAAUUUUGACGACUUCCCGGAUGCAGAUUUGGGAUUGCCCCUGCCCGCCCAGCGACCCCCAGACGCCGAGCUGCCGGGUAGACGCGGAGAAUUCGUCGACUUCACCUACAAUCGCUUCAACGGGUUGACGCAAAGGAUGCGAUUUGAUGGAAGUGAUCCGCAAGACUUGCGGCUCAUCUUUGAUCAGGAACCAACGCCC